UACCAUGUGUUACACAUCAGACAAAACUGUGGACUUGUCGCUGGUUUAUGGGACUGAAUAGCUGAGUCCCAAUGAUGAGAUACACUUUUAGCAUGCAAGAAUCGAAAUACAACAAAUUAUGAAGAAUAUUGAAUAUUUCUGGAUAAAUUAUUUAUUUUUGUUUUUUAUUUUUCUUUUAAUUUGCACAAGCACAUUCUGUUUACCUCAAGUAAUUAAAGUAGGCGCUAUUUUUGAAGAGAACGAAGAUUACGAUGAAGUUUUUAUAGACGCAAUUAAUAAAGUUAAUAAAAAUAAAACUCUUUUGCCACAUUCGCUUUUAUCUGCUGAAAUAAUGAAAAUUUAUCCGAGCGAUAGCAUUCAAACUAUGAAAGCCACAUGCAAUCUUCUGGAUAAAGGUGUAGCAGCAAUUUUCGGACCUGAAUCACCAUCCACAAGUAACUUAGUGGAGUCUGUGGCUAGAAAAUACGAUAUUCCUUACAUACAAAUAGCAUGGAAUUACAUUCGCCAAACAAAUUCUUAUGGAGUGAAUCUCUAUCCGCAUCCAUCCAGUUUAGCUAAAGCCUAUAAAGACUUAACAGAGGUGUGGAAAUCGGGAAAAUUUACGAUUGUUUAUCGGGAAACUGAAGCAUUAACAAAAAUAUCGCGACUAUUACAGUACUUCAAAGAGAAAAAGAAAUAUUGCAGUCUUCGACAACAUUUGUCAGGAGAACCUUAUGAAAAACUGCUGAAAGAAAUAUCAAAAAAUGAUGAAACAAAUAUUAUUGUUGAUUUACCAUUAAAUGAAUUACAUCAUUUUCUACAAGUGGCUGAAAAGUUUCAACUGAUGACAGAAUACAACAAUUAUCUAAUCACAUCUUUGGAUGCUCAUAUUGAAAACUUUAGUCAAUUUAAGAAUGGAUUAACUAAUAUCAGCAGCUUUAGAAUGAUUAAUAACGACCAUACAAACACAGAUGUUUGGAAUUUAAAUCGCUGGAAACCCAUGAAACUUAAACAUGCUUUGUUAUACGACGGCAUUUCUCUUGUUGCUAAAGCUCUUCAUGAUUUAGACGUCCAACAUCCCAUACAAUUAGAGAAAUUUUCAUGUGAAUACGAUAUAAAAUGGCCAACAGGAAAUGUAACUGUAAAUUAUAUAAAAAAUAUUCAUUUUCCUGGUUUAACUGGUAUUUUAAAAUUUGAUGAUCAAGGAAGAAGAGUUGAUUUUACUUUAGAUGCCAUACAGUUUAAAGGAAAAGAAACUCAUAAGAUUAUCUGGAGGAGACACUGAACAAUAAUAUUCUUUUGCAUGUUUUCCAUGUGUAUUUGUAUUUGUAAUCUUCAAG